AUGACUCCAUGUCAAUGCCAAUGUCAAUGCCAUGUCAAUGUCAAUGCGUCUGGCAGGUACGAAUUUAAGUUGUGGAACCUGAUCAUUCGACCGCCUCGCGCUACUUAUGAUGAGUCUGAUCUUGGUCCUGCUGAGUUUGUUGCGGGCGGAGUCAGAGCAACUAGGCGAGAUGUGAAGCUCAGGACUCAAAGAGGUGUUCUUCUUUCGUGCUCUUUCUUCUCUCCAAGCCAGGACAAGAAGGCUGAAAUUCAACGCUUUCCUGUGGUUGUUUAUUUGCAUGGAAAUUCAUCCAGCCGCUUGGAAGCCUGCAACCUUGUUGGCGCCUUGAUUUCGCAGCGCAUGGCUUUGUUCUGCUUUGAUGCGGCUGGCUGUGGCCAAUCCGAAGGUGAAUAUGUCUCCUUGGGAUGGCACGAACGAGAUGAUCUCGCAGCUGUGAUCAGCUUCCUACGACGAUUGCCCACUUGUGGUCAAAUUGGCCUCUGGGGUCGCUCCAUGGGGGCAGCCACGGCCUUGAUGCAUUCUGGAAGAGAUUCAGAUUUAGGUGCUCUCUGCUUGGAUUCCUCUUUCGCAAGCCUCAGGCAACUUGUAGAGGAGCUCGCGCAGAGCAAGGACUUCCCAUGGCCGUUGCCAGUACCUUCGUGGUUGGUGGGCGCAGUCCUUGCAAUAAUCCGCGUGCGAGUGAAAGCUUUGGCGGACUUUGACAUAGAGGAUUUGGUGCCCCUUCAUCAUGCGAGACGUAGUUCUGCUCCGGCGAUCUUCUUGCAUGGCAGAAGAGAUUCCUUCAUUCAGCUUCGACAUUCACAGCAACUGUAUGAUGCGUACUCGGGAAGCAAGGAGUUCAUCAUGGUGGAGGGGGACCACAAUAGCGCGAGGGGUGGACAAGUUGUCGGCCACAUCAUCAACUUUUUCAAACGAUGCUUGAGGCAAGUUGCUCUGGAAAGCUCUACAGCAUGCAACAAACUCUUGUUGAAGUCAGUUGCACUGUUAGCCUUGCCAUGUGAAACUUUCGUUUCAGCACAAGUGGAUCACAGGAUAUCCGUGGCAUGCUGUUUAGUGCCUGUCAGAUGCAAACAGCCAUGA